AUGUACAAGCCAUCACCACCAGCCAGUCCAUCACCUACACCGCGUUCGCACACGUCGCACAGUCGACAAUCAUCGCUCACAUCGCCUGGACAGCAGACGAUCCAGUUUGCAGAGGAAGAGAGAGACAGGAUGAGAGCUGAGCAGAGUUUGCGCCACCAGCUCGAAGGAUUCACAUUACAAGACGUGGAUUAUGACGAAUACGACGAUUACUCGCUCGAGUACGGUCGCAACGACUACGAAUACACGCCGUCGAAAGGCUCAGAGGGACAUCCCACAGGUGACACGCCUCUGAAAGGGAUAGUGAAUGGCAGUACACCAGCACCGACGACAUCCUCACGCGCACUCCUCAGUAAAGAGCUAGACAGACUAAUAAGCAACAAGCCAGUCAAUCCAUCGCCAUUUAACCCAUCACGCUUCGGUGGUAGCACGUAUGAGGAGCCUAACCAUAGCAGGACUAUGGAUGGUGCUCGCUUGCCUGAUAUCACAGGUCUCACUUAUGCAACUGCGUCGCCGGAUAAGGCAGGCGAUACACACAAAUUGCUGUCUUCAAAACGCACUAAAUUGGGCAGAGAGGAUGAGCAAGUAAUCCUCAGCAGUAUAAAUAACCUCGAACAUAAAUUGGGCGCACUCAAUGCGGAGAACGCCCAGACGAGACAACGCGCACAGGAAUUGGAGGAGGAGUUGAUAUCAGCCAGACGAGAAGCGGCGCGCGCGAAAAAAGAGAGUGCACACGAAAUUGAACAGCAUUGGCAGGCGAGGUAUGCGGCUUUGGCUGAGGAGAAGAGAGCACUGGAGGAGAUGGCCAAGACACUGCGCAGCUUAGUGGAAAACCUCAAGAGCGAUCUCAACACACAGGCCCAAGUAAUCAACGAACUGAAGAGCGACGGCAGCGCAAACGAAGCGAAACUCGUCGAUAAAGAUAGGGAAAUCGGUUGGCUUAACGGACAAGUCACCAAACUCAACAAGGAUGUCGACGGGUUGUGGAGAGCGCUCAACGAGGGUAAGGAGAAGGAAGAAGAGAGGUCACGGAAAGAGAUAGAAGCAUUUAGGGAGAGAGACGCACUUAGGGAGAGAGAAGCUCUGCGUGAGAGAGAGGCUUUUGAGCAGAGAGAAGCACAGCGUGAAAGAGAGAAAGACAAAAAGAGAAAGAGAAAGAAAAAGAGAAAGAAAAAGAGAAAGAAAGAAAGAAUUGAGGAGAAAGAAAGACAAAAAGAGAAAGAGAAAGAAAAAGAGAAAGAAAGUCAGGCUUUGCACAAAUUGCACAACUCGUACGAGAAAGGGACAGAUGAAGCACCACCUAAACUCGUCCUCAGGCCAUUCGGCGCUCAUCUCCGCUCUGAUCCAGCACCAGGCUCUUUCUUUUCGCCAACAAGAGACAGAGCAGCACGUUCGCAUCCAUCCACAGAGACAACAGAGCAUAGUAAAGAGAGGAGAAGAGAAGAGUUUGAUAGGAGUAAAAAGGAGAAGGAGGUGGCUGGAAUGUAUGUCGACGAAAACUCAACAACAGCCACACCCAAGACAUCGAAACGUGGAUCAAAAGACAAGGUGGGGAUGUAUUGGUCAUUACCUGCGUCUACAUCGAAGUCUGCAAGACGGACGUCCGGCGUAGCACCACCACCAACGCCGGUUGAGCAGAAAGUGGGCGAUGAUGGCUUCGUCGAAGGCUUGAUUGAGCGUAUAGGGAAGAGCUCUUCGGGUUGGGAAAGCAAGGUACCGCCACAAACGGUAUUGGCAAGAGUAGUUCGAGAGUUGGAAGAUGACUUUGCACACUACAAGGGAAUAUACGGAGAAAUGUCAGAGCAAUUCAAAGUGCUUGACCCAGCAUCAAAUGCACCAAAGAGGAGAGUGCUGACGCAGCAUUUACAUCAAGUGAUAAGUGUGCUUGAGUCAAAGGCAGAUCAAAUAUCUUCUUUAUAUCAAUUAUUAAAGUAUGGAGAUAAAUCAGUAAGCAAGACGCCGUCAAAGAAGGUGUCGUCAGCGGGAGUGACUAGUAAGAGUUGA